UGGCGGGGCGGGGCGGGUCCGGGAGAGAUGGAGCCGGGCGCGGUGCGGGUGCUGCGGCUGGGCCGGGUGCCGUACGCGGGGUCGCUGGCGGCGCAGGAGCGGUGCGUGCGGGAGGCGGCGGCGGCGGGCGGGCGGGAGGCGCUGGUGCUGUCGGAGCCGGCGGGGCCCGUGUACACGGCGGGGCUGCGGGCCGCGGCCGCAGGGGAGGCGGAGGCGCGGGAGCAGGAGCGGCGGCUGCGGGCGCUGGGCGCCGGGUUCCGGCGGGCGGCGCGGGGCGGGCUGCUCACCUUCCACGGGCCCGGCCAGCUGCUGGCCUACCCCGUGCUGCACCUGCUCCGCCGCCGCCUCCCGCUGCGCCGCUUCGUGGCCGGCCUCGAGGCCGCCGCCCUGGGCCUCUGCCGCCGCCUCGCGCUGCCCCGCGCCCAGGCGCUCCCGCCGCCCCGCACCGGCGUCUGGCUGCGCGGCCGCAAGAUCUGCGCCAUCGGCGUCCACUGCGGAAGGCACGUGACCUCCCAUGGCCUGGCUCUGAACUGCUGCACGGACCUCAGGUGGUUCGACCACAUCGUUCCUUGUGGACUGGAAGGACUGGGCGUCACCUCCCUGAGUGAGGAGCUCCAGAGGCACGUCACGGUGGAUGAAAUCCUAGAGCCUUUCCUGGACGCCUUUCAGGAGGCGUUUCAGUGCACGCUGACGUUCCCCGAAGAGCCCGCGGGCUUGCCCCCCUGGGUGGAAGAAACAUGAACGUGCCCGGGCGCCUCCUGGAAAUCCGGCUGGAAACUUUGUACGUCUUGCUUCGGACAGCGUAUUUAAAAAUGGACCUUUAAAUAUAUAUUAUAUGAAGAUGC